CAGCACCUCACCGGGCGGCCCCCGGGGACCUUGGCCACGUCCUUGGCCCACAUUGGGUGGUGGGUUGCGGCAGUGGCGGCGGGCACAGGGAGGAGUGCGCUGGAGACGGCGGGGGGCUGGAGCUCGUUGCCCAUCCUGGUGCUGACCUCCAAGGAGCGGGUGAGCCAGAGGGCCGUAGGGCGGAGGAUGGGCGCCGGGGCCAGCGCAGAGGAGAAGCACUCCCGUGAACUGGAGAAGAAGCUCAAGGAGGACGCUGAGAAGGAUGCCAGGACCGUCAAGCUGCUGCUGCUGGGAGCAGGGGAGUCGGGGAAGAGCACCAUCGUCAAGCAGAUGAAGAUCAUCCACAAAGACGGUUACUCGCUGGAGGAAUGCCUGGAGUUCAUCAGCAUCAUCUACAGCAACACGCUCCAGUCCAUUCUGGCCAUCGUGCGAGCCAUGAACACCCUCAAUAUCCAGUAUGGGGACGCGGCUCGCCAGGAUGAUGCCCGCAAGCUGAUGCACCUCGCGGACACCAUCGAGGAGGGCACCAUGCCCAAGGAAAUGUCAGACAUCAUCGGGCGGCUCUGGAAGGACUCAGGCAUCCAAGCCUGCUUCGACCGUGCCUCUGAGUACCAGCUCAAUGACUCAGCCGGCUACUACCUGUCAGACCUGGAGCGCCUGGUGACCCCUGGCUAUGUCCCUACGGAGCAGGACGUGCUGCGCUCCCGUGUCAAGACCACCGGCAUUAUCGAGACCCAGUUCUCCUUCAAAGACCUCAAUUUCAGGAUGUUUGAUGUGGGUGGCCAGCGCUCGGAGCGGAAGAAAUGGAUCCACUGCUUCGAGGGGGUGACCUGCAUCAUAUUCAUUGCGGCCCUCAGCGCCUACGACAUGGUCCUGGUGGAGGAUGACGAAGUGAACCGCAUGCACGAGAGCCUGCACCUCUUCAACAGCAUCUGCAACCACCGCUACUUUGCCACCACCUCCAUCGUCCUCUUCCUCAACAAGAAGGACGUCUUUCUGGAGAAGAUCAAGAAGGCCCACCUCAGCAUCUGCUUUCCUGACUAUGACGGUCCCAACACCUACGAUGAUGCGGGCAACUACAUCAAGCUGCAGUUCCUGGAGCUGAACAUGCGGCGGGACGUGAAGGAGAUCUACUCCCAUAUGACCUGCGCCACCGAUACCGAGAACGUCAAGUUCGUCUUCGACGCUGUCACUGACAUCAUCAUCAAGGAGAACCUCAAGGACUGCGGGCUCUUCUGAGUCCCAGCCCCAGCACCCCCUCCUCAGCCUGGGCCUCCCCUCCACUGGGGGCCAGACCCACUGCUGCCCCCAACCCCAUCUCCGCUUGCCCCGAACCCCCAGGAUUUGACCCGUUCAGCCCCAGAGCCACCCCUGAGUGGGUGGCACAGCCUCACUCCCCCUCCCUCCCAGUCAUCUUACCAGCCAGCACUGUGGGCACCCAGUGCUGCUGGGUGCUGGGGGUCCCUGGGGCUUCCAGAUGCUGGGGGCCACUGGGUGACCCUGGGGUGCUGGGGCUCCCUGGCUACCCCUUGGAUCUGGGGGGUACUGGGGGUCCCUUGGGCUGCUGUAAGGUGCUGGGGCUCCCUGGGUACCCCUUGGAGCUGGGGGUACCGGGGGUCCCUUGGGCUGCUGCAGGGUGCUGGGGCUCUCUGGGUACCCCUUGGAGCUGGGGGUACUGGGAGUCCCUUGGGUGGUGGGUGGUCCCAGGGGUCCUUUGGGCUGCUGCAUGGUGCUGGGUGUCCCUGAGUUCCCCUUGUUGCUGAGGGGUGCUGAGGAGUCCUGGGUUCCCACUGGAGGUGAGGGGUGCUGGUGGUCCCUGGAUGACCCUUGGCACUGGGGAGACUGGGGUUCUUUGGGUACCCCCUGGUGCUCCGUGUCCCUUGGGGUGCUGCAGGGUGCUGGAAUUCCCCAGUACCCCUUUGGAGCUGAAGGGUGCUGGGGGAUCCCUUGGGUGCUGGCAUUCCCUGGGUACCCCUUAGAGCUGGGUGCUGCUGGGGGGUCCCUGGGGGCUGCUGGGUGCAAGGGGUGGUAGCUCUCCCUCGGGGCCACAGGUCACAGGGUACAUAGUACUGGGGGCCCCCCCGAGUGCCACCGUCCCACUGCUGAAGGGCCAGGGGAUAGCCAUGCCCCCCCCAGCAGCAACCCCAGCUGCUGAGCCAGCACCCCCGGAUGGGCUCAGCCCCCCAGCAACCACCCUCCCCAAGGGUCCCACUGCUGCCCUCACCUCCCAUUCCCAGGGGAUGCAGCUGAGCCCCCAGUGUGACGCCAGCCCACCCCAGGUCCCUCUCCCACCCCCAGGGGACCCCCCCAGCCCUCCCGCAGAGGUGAAGCACCCACCCCCACGAGGGCAGCAGUACAUAUAUUUUUUUUCUUUUCUUUUUUUUUUUUUUUUUUCCUUUCUACAUUUUAUUAUUUCAAACCAUGUGAACAAUUCGGUAAAACAUCCUGUGGGAAAAGCAAGGCCGCAGGCACCGGCUGAGGGGCCCCCCCAGGCUGGAGGGGGGACAGCAGGGGCCACUGUACAGCGGGCUCUCCUCGCCCAAUGCAACAGCUAGCCCUACAAAACU